UCCGAAAUCUGGAAAAGGCAAAAUACUCGUCUUCCACGUCUCCAUCUCGAAUCUUCUCUCGCUUCGCAAUCCCGCCGCCCAAACCCAAACCCUAACGCUCGCUUCAGCUCCCCGCCGUCGACAUGUCCGGCAGGUUGGUCCGUCGAGUCCUCCAGGAGAGGGAGGUUUCCCCGCAGGACCCCGCCGCCGCCGCUUCCGAGGACGAACUCGUGGUGGAGGAGGCUGCAUCCCCUACACGUGUCGCCGCAAGGAACCCCUUCGAUAUCCUCGACGACGACGACGACGAAGCAGAAAAGGACAAGGAAUAUGAAGUGGAUACUGAUCAAAUUUUGAGUUAUACAGAACAGAAACAAUCUGUGAAGGAGAAGCCUAACUACACUGUUCCCGAAACAAACAAGAAAUCAAAGAAAAAGAAGAAGGGCAAGGCUGAACCACCAUUCUCGACAAAGUUAAGGCAUGAAAAAUCACUGGAUUCAAUUCUGGAAGAUCUGUCUAUUGAAAAGAAGCCCAUGGAAAAUAGUGUUCAUCAAAAUGAUAGAGCAGCUGGGAAGGAGAUUGAGGCAAAUGAAACUACUGUUGGUACAUCCUCAGUUCUCACGAUUGAUCCCAAACAUCUCAAGGCUGAAAAUGAGAUGAGGCGUAUUUUUGGAUCAAAGGUAGUGGAUUCACUUGAAAACCAACGGAAUAUACCUGGCAGUUCAAGGCAAGUACGUGGUGUUAGGCGUGCCUCCAUUAAUCCUAGAAGAACUCUCCUUGUAUCUUCCCCUAGCUUCUGGCCACCAUGGGAUAAGUCAAUGGCAAUGGAUCUUGUUGAGACAAAGAGUGGUUUGAAUUAUUUCAGGUAUGUAUAUGAUCCUUCUGUCAGCCAUGUGCAGGAUUUGUUUGAAUCUGCCAAAUCAGCCAAUGACCUCAAUGCUAUUGCUGCUAUAUUAGCAAAAUAUCCCUAUCACCCAGAAUCAUUGUUAACAUUUGCUGAUCUGUUCAAAUAUUCUGGAGAACAUCAAUCAUCAUCAGACGCUGUUGAGAAGUGUCUAUUUGCACUGGAGUGUGCUUGGCAUCCAUUAUUUAGUCCAGUGCAGGGCAAAUACCAGUUAAAGUACAGCCAUGACACAAAUAAGCCAUUCUUUACAGCCCUUUUUAGUCACAUGAAAAACCUGGAUAGGCGUGGCUGCCAUCGUUCAGCUUUAGAGGCCUGCAAGUUUCUUUUGUCAUUGGAUUCUGAUGACCCAAAGGGUGCUCUAUUUUGCAUUGAUUACUUUGCUCUAAGAUCGCAGCAGUACAAAUGGUUGGAACAGUUUGCUGAAGAGUACCAGUGUGAUAACUCCCUCUGGCUGUUCCCUAAUUUCUCCUUUUCUCUUGCCAUUGCACGGUUUUACCUCGAACGAGAUGCGGUAUCUGAGAAUGGUUCUGACCAUGCCGACAAGUCAACAGCUAUUGACCUCAUGAAGCAAGCAUUGAUGCUUCAUCCUUUGGUGCUAUCCAAGAUAGUUGACAAGGCUCCCCUCAAAGACUCAUCAUGGACUCAAAUACUCAGAAAUGUGUUUUUUGGAUCAGCAAAGCCAGGAAGCCCGUCACUUGAGCAUAUGAUUAGCAUAUAUGUCGAGCGUCAUUAUAUCAUGUGGAGGUUCCCAGAACUUCAGAACUUACUCAAAGAUGCUGCUCUUUUGGUGAUUGAAUCACUAAAACAGGAUAGCAGAGAAGCCCAGGACUGGGUGUGUGUUAGAAAAGAGGCAUUUUCUUCAGAGAAGAAUGAGUAUUCUCAUCUGCUUGUUUCGGACUUCUCUGACACAACACCAUCACUCCCCCCAGAAGAACUGCGGCCAUUUAUGGUUGGUCCAGGAAUGGUGCAUGAUAUGCCACCUGUUGAACAAGAAGCUGGGCCUCAGAGAAUCCGAACCCCUCGUGAAAUUGCUGGGCGCAAUGCUGCAUUGGUCUUUCUUGAAUCGCUUCUCCCAUGGGUUGACUAUGGUGACAAUCAUCACGAUGGAAAUGGCCAAAACAAUGAUGAUUGAGCCGUCGCAAGCAUAAAGUUACAUGGACUGAUGGUUAGCAGAGGAAAAUUCCAUUACAAUCGGAAGGGGUGCUUCCCUGUGUCUGAUUAAGAAAAGUCGCUGAUAAUCACUGCGAGUGUCCUAGUAUUUUGAUGGCCUUGACAACGUUAUAACUGUAUAGUUGCCUGUCAGUUUUGGGCCCAGACACUAGAGUUCAAGUACCAUCCUCAUGAGAGUUGAUAUAUCAAUUCUGUAACUGAUCCUUUGGUCAUGCUUUUGUUAUCCUUACCUUUGGACCAAUGCUUUUGUGAUCCUUGCCUCUUCUGCCAGCACUUUGGAGCAAGACCAUUUUGCAUUUGCCUGUGAACUGUUCCUUCUAAACAUCAUUUCUUUUGCUUGGAAGGGGAAAAAGUGCCACUAUUAUCAAA